ACUUCUACACCCCCCAUGUGCGCUUCCAGAUAAUUGACAUGGCGGAAUUCCACUCUGGUCUGCUCUGGUCCACCGUGGACUUCGCAGCAACGGAAUGACAUGCUUUCUAUCACGGGCAUUUAGGGACUACAGUGUUAAUAAGCAAGUUCUACUGAAUCCGAGGUUGUUGCAGGGAGGGCUCCAUGAAUGUUCGUCACCAUGAUGAUGAUGGACCAAAUGCUGGACCUCCCGCCUCCAUUGAGCAACGAGGUUCCCAUGAUGCACCACAUGAUCAAUGGCGAUGCACCACAGCAGGUGAUCCUGGUCCAGGUGAACCCAGGUGAGACGUUCACCAUCCGCACAGAAGAUGGGGCUUUGCAAUGCAUCCAAGGGCCCGCUGAAGUUCCCAUGAUGUCACCAAACGGCUCCAUUCCACCAAUCCAUGUUCCUCCUGGCUACAUCUCCCAGGUUCUUGAGGACAACACCGGCGUGAGGAGGGUUGUGGUCACACCUCAUUCUGAAUGUUACCCUCCGAGUUACUCUCCGGCUCUGUCCCCGAGCCACCACAUUCACCAUCCGUAUCUGACGCACCCACACUUUAUUCCAACCUCACAUACGUCAUACUACCCCCCGGUCAGCCCCGGUGACAUGCCCCCGCACCAGUUCUAUCAGCAUCGACUGCCACCCAUCUACCCAGAAGAGAUCAUCCCGCUGUAUAACGUCUCCUCUUUCAUGGGUCAUGAGGAGUACUGUAAACCUCCACCCAAGAAGCUCAAACAGCCGGUGGAGCGUACGGGUCUAAGUCAGGUGACCAGCUCGCUGUCCAGCAGCUACAAGAACACCACGACCUGCACCACCACAGCUAGCGGCUACAGCAAGAGCCACAGCAGCCCUGGAGGAGGAGGAGGAGGAAGCCCCGGCAGCAAGAGGCCAGAUCGAAGAGCCAGAGGAAGCCCCAAACACUCAGACACCGAGCCACAGGAUCUCGAUGUGAACACGAGACGAGUUCAGGCUGUGCCAUCAGGACUGGACAAGCCGCAGGUGUCUAAGGUGCAGUCCCGCUCCGCGCUUGUGUCAUGGACGUCUGUUUCUGUUUUGGGAUCAUCUGGACGGGUCCCUUCCUGUAGUUACGAGCUCCAGCUCAAGGACAACGGCCGAGAUGGGAAAUACAAGGUUGUGUAUAGUGGUGAGGAGCUCCAGUACACCCUCACUGACCUGAGACCAGCCACAGACUAUCAUGUCAGAGUAAGCACAGUGUGUAACUCUGUGAAAGGUCCCAGUUCGGAUGCGAGGGCCUUCACUACCCACGGUGCCCCUCCUGAUACCCCUCUACCACCCAGACUGUCCCAUCGCACCAAGAGCUCCCUCACAUUACAGUGGAAGCCCCCUGCGGACAAUGGCUCAAAAAUCACCAAUUAUGUUCUAGAAUGGGAUGAGGGAAAGAAAAACAGCAUUUUCCGUGAAUAUUAUGUUGGACACCAGCGACACUGCAAAGUAAUGGGGUUGUGUCCUGCUGUCGGGUACACGUUUCGAGUGGCAGCACUAAAUGAUAUUGGCGCAAGUGGAUUCAGCACAGAAGUCGUCUUCAACACCACCGGAAGUCUCCCGCAGACGUCCUUACCUCCGCGGCUGGCACAGGCAGGUCCUUCCUGGGUUAUGUUGGAGUGGACGCGCCCGAACAGCUGCAGUGUUGAGGAGGUCGUCACUUACACCCUGGAGAUGCAGGAUGAGAGCAAGGGACUGGACUUUCAGACGGUGUACAGCGGUUUGGAGCUGAACCGUAAGGUGGAGACCCUAAAAAGGAACGCACAGUACAAAUUCAGGCUGUUCACGUGCAGUGGUGAGUGGCGCAGUGCACCGAGCUCUUUGCUUGUGUGUAAGACGACCCCCGACAGACCCGGACCCCCUGUGAAUCCUGCAGUAAACGCUGUCACAUAUCACAGCUUCUGCGUGACCUGGGAACCUCCACAAGAUGAUGGUGGAUCUGGAGACUUGACGUAUGUCCUGGAGAUAUCAGAAGGGAAUUUAGAAGAGAGUCAGUGGGUGACACACUAUAGAGGACCAGAGAGGAAACAUUUGUGUGAGGAUCUACAACCAGGAACAAGCUACUCCCUGAGACUCAGCUGUGUGAAUGUGGCCGGACAAAGCCCGUGCUCAGAUGACUUGACGGUUCGCACUCAUAUCCCGCCCCCUGGCCGCUGUCAACCCCCAAGUAUUGUGGGUAAUGUCAAGCACAAGGAGAUGACCUUGCAGUGGGAUGGUCCUUUGUAUGGUGAAGAGAGUGAAAAUGUGGAGUUUAGCUUGGAAAUGUGUGCAAUGGAGGAGGGUUCGGAGCCAACGGAGGUGUACUGUGGAUCCAAAACAGAGUGCACUGUGGGUAAUUUGCUCCCAGGCACCACCUACAGGUUCCAAGUUCGUGCAGCCAACAGUGCUGGGUAUGGACCACGCUCUGAAAGUGUGGAAAUAAGCACUGCCGCCGGCCCCCCAGGACAAUGCAGUCCACCAGCCAUCAAUGUGCCGUCACACACCUGUGCUGAUGUGACCUGGGAGAACGAAGUGAGCUCUGGGAUAGACAUUUCUGAGUACCGGCUGGACUGGGGACAUGAUUUGGACUCUCUUGAACUGGUCUACAGUGGAACGGGAACCUGCUUCCAAAUCUCUAACCUGGAGGCAUCAACAAACUACUGCUGCAGGCUACAGGCAGUUAACCAGGCAGGGGCAGGCCCCUACAGUGAUCUGGUGACGUGUCGGACCCCUGCGGCGGCCCCUGAUGUUGUAUCUGGAUUUCGCUGCAUUGACCACCCUUUGAACCUAACAGAAAAUGAACCCUUCUCCCACUCCACCUGUCUGGCCCUUACCUGGGACGAGCCUCACUGUAAUGGAGCAGAAAUCAGCUCCUACAGCAUCUCAAUGGGAGACCGCAUCUUCACCACCAGAAAUGUAACCUCUCACAUUAUCAGGGACCUGCUGCCGGACAGCGAGUACAGCCUGCAGAUUCGAGCAGAAAAUGAAAUGGGCCCCGGGCCCUUCAGCCAGACCCUAACGGUGAGGACCAGACCCCUUCCGCCGUCUCCUCCAAGGCUGGAGUGUGCAGCGGUCGGACCUCAGAGUCUGAAAUUACGCUGGGGUUUCAGCAGCCGAAGUCUACUCACCGACGACACAAGCUACAUUCUGCAGAUGGAGGACCGGAAUCAGAGGUUUGUGGCAGUUUACCGAGGUUCAAGCCAUACUUUUAAGCUGCAGAGACUGAACGAAUCGAGCCGGUACCGUUUCCGGAUCCAGGCGGUGAGCGAUGCGGGCGAGGGGCCGUUUUCUGAGACGUACACCUUCAGCACCACCAAAUCUCUGCCACAAACACUGAAAGCCCCAAGAGUUGUUCAGCAAGAGGGAAAUGCCUGUGAGGUCACAUGGGAGAGUAUUCCACCAAUGAGAGGAGACCGAAUCAGCUAUGUGCUACAGGUGCUGGGAGGCAGAGAUUCUGAUUAUAAACAGGUGUAUAAAGGAGAUGAGACGUCCUUCCAGCUCUCUGGCCUGCAGUGGAACACUGACUACCGCGUGCGAGUGUUUGCAUGCAGGCGCUGCAUGGACACCCUCCAGGAGCUGUGCGGGUCCUUCAGCCCAUCCGCCCACUUCAACCUGCGGCGGUCUGACGCCACACUGGCAGUGGAAGCGGAUAUCACCAGGGUGCCCAUGGGCAAAACCCUCAGUGAUGGACAGUUUGCUGGCCUCAUAGUAUUUGGGGUGGCCUUUCUCUCUGUCCUAAUGGCCUUCCUGCUUCAGCUUCUGAUUUAGAGCCGUUCUCGUCGUCUCUUCAGUUUUUAAACUACAGCUUGCAGAAACAUAAAUGCAAAGACUGUUUUUGACCAAAAUACACCUUUAACAGUUUUAAAAGCAAUCACGCGAGAUGAGUUACAGCUUGGUUAACAGAUUGGUAAUGAUGAAAUUUACUGUUUGGCGUCUGUGCCAUUUUUUUUUUUUUUAAGUUUAAGAUGCUGUGCAUAUUUUUAUAUUUAGGAGAUUUCAACACUAAAUGAAUAAGUGGCGUUCUGGAUCUCAAGUUCAAGUAUCAGAUGCAUAUCUGAGGAGGUUUUUUUUAAUGGUCAGUCCUAUUUAUCUUUAAAUCAGUGUCUAGACAGCUAAACGGCAUCAAUGCUUUCGUUCCCUUAUCUGUGCCCCAGGAACGUCUGUCUAAAAGCUUCUUAAAAGCUUUAUUUGUUAUUUCCUCUCUUGUUUAUCUUUAAAAAGGUGUCCUUGGGCUGCCUGUACAAAAAAAAAAAAAAAAAGUAAAGAAAAUACAGUGUCAGUCCAAAGAGAGUCAAAUGACAGUCUUUGCAAUCAAUCAUCAGUGUACAGCGUUGUGAAGUCUGGAGUGUUUGUAUCUCAGGGACUUGGGAGGGCCGUGUGAACAUGUGCCUUGAAAUCCACAAAUCCAAACUUUUGUGCCGCAUCAUUUCAGAUCUGCUGCUUACA